UAAAUGACCGAUUUACCCUUGUCCGAUUGAUUACCAAGGAGUUGAAGAACAGGGGUUCCGAAGUGAGCAGAGGAGAAGUCAACAAAGGGUUUCUGGAGAAGAUGAGCAAAUCAGUGCGGGCUGUUCUCUUCCUUGCACCGAUCUUAUUCAUCGUCGCCAUCUCCGAAGCUCAAUCGAUCAUUCUUCAGCCUCAAUCUCUGUCAUCCGACUUAUCCGUCAAUAUCAACGACACUCUGAGUUCUUCGAGCUGUUCUUACACGGUGACUAUCAAGACGAGCUGCUCUUCUCCUCAGUACACGAGAGAUCACAUCAGUCUCUCCUUCGGCGACGCUUAUGGCUAUCAGGUGUACGCGCCGGGGCUGGAUGAUCCGGCGUCGGGGACGUUUGAGCGGUGUUCGGUGGACACGUACGAGAUAAGCGGCUCGUGCUUGUACCAGGUGUGUUAUCUGUAUCUGUACAGGAGCGGAUACGACGGCUGGCGGCCGGAGUCGGUGCAGGUGUGCAGCUAUAACACCGGCUGCGACACCUUCUACUACAACACUUUGAUUCCGAACAACGUCUGGUAUGGCUUCAACUACUGCGGCCGAUCCGCCGCCGCCGCCGCUUUGGCUUCACCGUCCACGAUGAACAAGUGGCUUCCGCACGCCCUCCAGCUCCUGUUUUGCUUCCGCUGCUGGAAAUCUCUCUUGGGUUAGUCCUACCCUUUUUUGAUAGCCAUAUAAUAAUGCAUUUAGUGGUGGUGGUGGUGGAGGCGGCGUCAUCGUCGUCGUCGUCAUUAUAUGAUCUUAUUCUGUAUAAAUAAUGACCGCUGUUUUUGUGUUUCGUCUGACUUUUGCUUUGCUUCCCACGUUGAUGCCCCAAUUAGUGUUGUAUUUCUGGGGUUGAUUUAGCUGCGAGGAGUUUAAUCAGUUAUAGAUUCGCUUUGCAUCUGGCAUUGCUAUUUUUAA